AUGGCGUUUGGAGACCAAAUGUCAUUUUACGAUUCGUCGCCGAAGCGUCUGGGCGAAGAGUGGAUCAACGAACUCAUGAACGGCAACCCACGACGCUUUCGGAACCAACUCCACUUGCUGCCAAGCACAUUCGUUGCCUUGCUUGGGAUGCUCCAGACCAAGUGCGCUCUCAAAAGCAGUCGCUAUGUGUCCGCCAGAGAGAAACUUGCAACGUUUCUCUACGUUGUUGGUCAUGCUGCGUCGAAUCGCGAGGCCCAAGAGCGGUUUCAACGAAGCGGAUGGACGAUUACUCAGUCGAUCAAUGAGGUAUUACCGUGCCAAUGA